AUGCUGGUCAUCAGCGGGCUCCCUGGGCCAAUGCAGCGCCCUAGGCUGCGUGUAUAUGCUGGAAAUGCGACAGCCACGGCACCUCCCUUGCUCACGCUCAAGUUCGUGAAGCAGCACAGGCUGGCUGCCGGCGGCCUGCAGCAGUUGGUAGACUCGGUGCGGGGGCCCCAGCAGGCGCAGCAGGCGUGGGAGCUCGUGGCACUCCUCGCGUCGCGGCCGCUGCCGGCGCACACGGCGCACGUCGUCGCGCACACGGCGGUGCAGCUUGUGAAUCUCUCCCUCAGCAAGGGCGACUACUCCAUACUCCAUGCCCUGCUGGCCCAGCGCCCCCGGCCCUUCGCGUUCGGCCGCCGCAGCCUGGAGUCGCUGCUGCGCGCCGUGCUCGCGGCGGACGUGGAGCCUGGGGAGCUGCAGGCCGUCAUCCGGCUCGCGCCCGGCGGCGCGCUGGGCGCGCGCGCCUUCUUCGCGCUGGUGCGGAGCUUCGAGGCGCGGGGGCGCGCCGCGGAGGCGCUGCGGUGCUUCCAGCAGAUGCAGGUCCUGGGCCUGCGCCUGAGCCCCGCGAUGGAGGAGACAUUCCAGCGCCUCCGAGACGGCCGCGCGCCGGCGUCCCGCCACGCGCUCGCGGCGCACCGCUGA